AUGACUAGGAACUCCAACAAGGACACCCCCAGUUCUUUUCAAAUGACUGAACUCAAGAACAUGAUGGCUCAAGUUCUUAAGGGACAGCUCAAGCAUAUCAAUGCAAUAGAAGGGAUGAGUGAUGCUAAUGAAGAUUCAUCAAGAGAAUGCAUGGGAGAUUUCUCUAAUGAAGCCAAUGAAGAAGAUGUGAACUACAUUGGAAACUAUGGGAACAAGGGAUACAAUCCAAGCUAUCGCCCAAACCCCAACAUGUCUUAUAGAAACCCCAAUGUGGAGAAUCCUCAAGACCAAGUGUAUCCUCCAAGGUAUCCACAACAACAAAGACCUCCUUACCAAUCUCAAGGAAGUCAAUUUCAGCCAAGGCAAGGAUAUGAGCAGAGAUCAUCAUAUCCGCCCAAGGAGCCAUAUGCUUCUUCACCAAAUCAAGCUCCUCCAAACCAACAAGGUGGGAGAUUUGAAGGAAUCCUCCAACAGAUCAUGGAUGGCCAGAAGAGAAACACUAAAGAGAUGUAUGAGAAGAUGGACACUUUGUUCAGCAAUCUCAACACCAAGUAUGAUGCUGUUGCCACUCAUGUGAAGAAACUAGAGACUCAAGUCACUCAAACUAUGGAAGCUGUUAAGAGACAGGAAGCUGAAUCCAAGAAGUCCUUUUGCAACUCAGCGCCAUAG